AUGGGUAUUGCACAUGGAAUUGUGAAGGUGUAUGUGGUAUUGAAAGACCCUCAGCAGGAAGCGGAUAUGCACCCGACAGCACCCAACAGCCUCCGACAGCACUCGACAGCCUCCGACAGCACCCGACAGCUCUUUCCCGACAGCCUUUCCGACAGCUCCGACAGCACCCGACAGCCUCCGACAGCCUCCGACAAGCCUCCGACAGCACCCGACAGCCUCCGACAGCACCCGACAGCACCCGACAGCUCUUUCCCGACUGACGCCCGUAAUUCCCGAAGAAAUAUUUACACCUUUAGAGUCGUCGCUGCCUCUCUGGCUGUGUCAACACGGGCUAAGAGAAGGAGAGUUAGAAUGGUUCAGGGAGCUCUUGCGUCGUGUGCAGCAGAAGAGGUUCGUGUGCAGCAGGAACUUCCUCCUCCACAGCAAACCGACUCUCCGCUCGACCAGGUGGCGGCGGAACAGCACCAGCUUUCUGUACAGCAGUUGCACGAAAUCCCAACUGGAGUGCAGAAUAAUUCACAGCAACAGAUAGUGGAGACGCAGCACUGGCCACAGCGUCGGGGGACAUCGCAGCCUAAGCUAAGACGAUUGACGCAAGGACACAGCGAGCAGCAUGUAUGGCCACAGCGGAAUGAAGAUGUCCUAGAGACGCCACAGCACACAGCACAGGGAAGCGGUCAUCGUGAUCCUUCGCCACAGCAAGAUCCUCUCUCAGGCGGCUGGUCCUCCGAGGGGCGCUGGCUCGCCUCCCCCACGACCCUCUCCCCUCGGCCCCCCGCCCGUCCCAGAAGCCCCUCCGCGGCCCCCAACGGCAGCGUGCAAAGGUUAAGGAAGGUCCUCUCCCGUCAGCAGACCAGGUCCCAGGUUCUCCCUCCUUCCCUGGCCCCGACGAAGAGCAGGGAGAAUUCGGACGACUCCAAAGGCACUUCAGACAUUCCAGGGGUCUCUGAGUUCAUCGGCGCUUCUGCGAGCACCCCGAAGGUUGCUGCCAAUACCUCGAAGGACCCCGCCAACACCUCGAAGGGCUCUGCCAACACCUCGAAGGGCCCCGCCUACCCCGAGGUGUCUCCUGAUCCGCGGAAAACUCCCUCGUAUUCCCGCGUGUCGCUCCAGCGGCCUCCCACUGUGGCAGUUCGUGGUGAUAUCACGCCGCCCACAACUACGCCCAUAGUACCUUCCCCCUUAAGUGUCGCGCCCACAGCCUCCGCCACACCCAAACCGAAAACGCCAACAGCUUUUCCCAAUGCCAUAGCAGCAGCUCCUACUAAGACACUGAAUAGGACGCCAACUGUGGUUUAUGCCGUCACGCCGGCCGGGGAUUUGGUCGCAAGUACGCCUGCGCCCUCGGCUGAUGACCUUGUUCCUGAGAGCACGUAUCACCAAGAGAUUGACUUGGAUUUGCCCGAGAUCUACACGUCCUACUUGGCCGGCGCCGCCAAGACCUCGACGGGGUCGAGCAACUCCUCCUCCCCCUCCCCUCCCUCGGCGCCGACCAGCACGAAGGCGGUGCCCGUGAAGACCUCUUCCGUGCCCCCCGCCGCCCCACCCGCCUACAAGGACGCCCCCAUCAGCCCCGCCCGCGUGGCUUCCCUUCGGAAUCUCAGUCUGUUCGGGGAUGCCCCCUCCUUCGCCACUCCCGCGCCCGCCGCCCCGCCCUCGCUACUGGGGCUCAGGGGCGCAGGGGGCUUGCUGGGGCUCGGCCAGGCCGCUCAGCCCCAGCAGCAGAACCCAGGACUCGGGGGGCUCGGGUACCUGGGCCUCCUGUCGGGGCUGGGCGGGCUAGGGCUAGCGAGCGCCCCCCCGACGGCAGGCGCUCCCGCCUUCCCCUCGCAGCAAGGGUUUGGUCUGGGGCUGCCUUUGGGGCUUUCCAACUUCAACUUGGGCGCGCUCGGCCUCGGCGACCUGGGCCUAGGGAGCCUCGGGACGAUCAGCCCCCUCCCCAGCCUGGAGGGGCUAGGCCUAUCGAGUGGCCUACCUGCUGCAGGGUCUAGCUACGGUGGGUCCGCCAGGGGGCUGACGGGGCUGAUGGGCCUGGCGGGCACGGCGAGCGGCGCAAAUGCAGGUCUGGGCACGGUGGGCGCCCUGGGCUCCCUGUCCGCCCUCGGCCUGUCCCCGGGCAGGUUGAGGGACGCCCAGCUCAACCUCGGCGCCGCUGCGUCUGCCGGCUCCCUCCCUGCCACGCCCCUUUCGCUCGACGGCGCGCCUGACUCCGCCCUCACGCCCGCGGAAGGCGUGGUCGCUCCGCCUCCCCCAGCCGUCCCUUUGGGCGGGGAGGAGAGCAGGUAG